CGCACUCUAAAAACAGUCGAGCCGAAGAUGGCGACGUGCGAGUGGCGGUGUCGGUGCGGUGUUUAAGAGAAAGGACCAUGUUGUUGCCGCAGUGUUCGCAGUGUUUCCGUGAUCCGCGUUGAGUUCGUGCAAAUGUAGGAAUGUCAGAGGCUAAACGGGUACCUUUGCAGACCUUGGAGUUUCCGGAGUCCUUGGGCUACACCGCGAAGAAGGAGAAAAAGGGAGAAAAGGGCAAACAGCUCGCGCCCUCCUUCCGCUUCGUACUCACCCUGCCAGAGUCGAACGAGAAGGCAUGUCCUGAGUUCAACUAUGCACAGCUCCUCAAAGCAAGCGAGAAGAAACGUAGGAAAGAACAUAAACAGGAAAAUGCAAUCAACGGACUACCUUUCGACGACGAUGACGAUGACGACGAUAAACUUCGUGAUAUGGCGCGGCGAUUCGAAGCGAAAUAUGGAACAUCAACAACUGGAAGGAAAAGGACUAAAUAUGAUGAUUAUGUGGAUUUGGGUGCUGGAUAUGAUGAGAAUGAUUCGUUCAUCGAUAAUACUGAUGCAUACGAUGAAAUCGUGCCGGAAGAGAUGACUACAGCACACGGAGGUUUUUACAUCAAUUGCGGAGCUCUUGAGUUUAGGUCGGCAGAUCGACAUUCAUUGGUUCACAAUAACAACAACAACAACAAUAAUAACAAUAGUAAUGAGGAAGAAAGUAGCGAGAGCAGCGAAGAGGACACGGAAGAUGUGGACAGCCCCAAGAGAUCAGAAAAACGAAUUCUCAGUUCAUCGGAUGAUGAUGAGGCUGAAGAGAUUCCCGGUGAUCAACCAAGAAAAAAGCAAAAGUUAGAUGAAAAUGGAGAGAAGAAGUCUGUUCAAGAAAAUAUCAUCAAGAAAAAGAAACGGCAACCAAAUUUACAGGAUCAACAAAAUUCUCAGCAGGACGGGGAAGCUUUGAAUAAACGAAAAGAGAAAGCAGAAACUACAGACACGGAAGUUUCAGAGGAUCAAGAAGAGAAGAAAAAGUCCGACAAGACUGAAUUGCAAAAAAGUAAAAUCACGUCGGAGAAAAAGUUCGAUAUAAAGAAAUUUGAAAAGAAAGCAGCUAAUACGAAUGGCAUCGAUGGGAAGAAGCUAGAUUUAAAGAAAUUAGGCGGUAAAGAUAGUAAUAUUGAUGAUGCGAUAGAGAGUGUAGUUAAUGCUGCGAGGGUCGAGGAUGAAUCGAGUCGAGAUACCACCGAUUCCGGUAAAUCUCGUUGUAUAGGCACAGAAUCGGAGUGCGACGAGAAUGACAAAGAAACACCUUUGCCUGACUCCCUUCCGGAGAAUAUUGUAGAAAUAGUUAAUGAAUUAAAGGCGCGAGCCGAGAAUAAUAAAGAAGGGAAAACUAAAUUUUUCGACUCAACAGUAAACGCAUUAUUGUUAAGUUUAGAGAAAAGAUUAAGAACUCUUUCCUCGCCGGGUCUAAGGAUAGAGACAUAUGAACAUUUGGCACGAUUCUUAUCAUGUAGUAAAAAGGCGCUGCAAAAUAGAACAAAGAAGUUAUAUCUACAGGAUGUUGAGAUUAAUAUCAAGAAUCUUGUACAAAGGUUAAAAGAAGUUAUCGACGAUAUAACGCCAUCUGUGAUGAUGAAAUUCAUUGAUGAUUGUGAGAAGGUCGCUGAAGGAAAUCCUCAUUUAUACUGGGAUAUAUACCGGUACUGUUGGGAAAUCGAGGGAUCACCUGCAGAUACUGAGAGUUUCGAUGACCAAGACAAUUGUGUGAAUUCGGAAAAAGCAAAAAUACCGAAGAAACAAUUUCCUUGGACCGAGGAAACGAAAAAACUUGUUUAUGAAAUUGCGAAUGCAAAAAGAGAAAUGUAUACUAUCUUGAGACCAAGGAAAUCGAAGGAGACCGAAGAUAUGUUUAAUUUUGUUGCAUCCUACAUGGUGCAAUACGUAUUACCAUUAUGGCCAAGUGGAUACAUGACACAGAGCGCUUUAUUACAGUUUGUUAAAGAUUCUGAACCUGUUCCGAAGAAGAAGCCGAAGAAAGCGAAGGAUAUCGGCAACGGUAACACCACCAGUGCAACCGGAAAUGCAGUGUACAAUUCGGUGGUGAAGGUUGAAGCAGCUAGCGUAAACAGUGCCCUAUCUCAAGACAAGGAGAAACUGCCGGCGAGUGUGUCGAAAGUUCAAAAUACUGCUGAAAGUUCCAGCAAUUAUGUGAAACAAGGAACUACCAAAUCGACUGAUAACACCGAGAAAAAGCAGCAGAGUGUAAAACAUAAGGAGAGGAGUAAAGACAUAAACAGUUUGGGCCCGCAACACGAAAGUUUGACGGUUGGCGCGAACAAUUCCGCUGUGGGUAAAAUUUCUGUCGUGCCUACAGCCCAGUUAAUGGCAAUGAAGCCGGUUAAAUGUCACAUGGACAAAAUUAAUUUGAUGGACUUAGGUAAUAGUUCCCUUUCUAUCACGCCUGUUAGCGAGUUUCAUAAAUCAUCUACUAAAGUGAACGAGAAUAAGAAAGAUGUAGUUUCUAUUACGGCUUAUCCUGAAACGUCGAACGUUCUUCCAAAUGCAAAUGAAGUGCCUCAAAGUGGACAUCAUUCCAUACACAGACAGGAAGCUUCAUACUCAUGUUCACAGCCUCAGCAUUCUAAUUAUCCUACGUUGAAUCAAACGUCCUCCCAUUCGAAGCCCGUGUCUCUAAAGCAACGGUUGCUGCACGAGACCACCGAAACCAAAAACGAGAAGAAGUUGGAGGAGAAAGAUAUCGAUGUUACUAAUAAGACUGAGAAAAGAGAUAAGAGGCGAGAACGGGGCGUGGAGGUCAAGCACAAAUCAAAUGAUGUUAAGAAACGAAAGAAAGAGUCGAAGGUGGUGGAGAAACAGAUAGGGCAUGUUAGUUCGGACGUUGUAGUGCCUAUGCAGCAACAGCAACCGCCUCUGUCGAAGGAGGAGCAGGAGCAAAGACAAAACGAGGAGACGAUUGCUGCUACCAAUUACUUGAGUCAGAUCAUUAAUGAUGAUGUGCCCGCCAGAGGCGUGCCGGAUAAACGGAAAGACGGCAGUCUUUUGUUAGACGAGCCUGUGAGCAACACUGUGCAGCCAACGGAGCACGAAAAAGACGUUCAGAUGGUGAUGAGAUCCUUGAAGGAACUCCAAGAAUUACAGGAAAUGAAGUAUUCGCCGAGUAAUUCUCCGGUCACCACUAGUAUGCAGAAACCGAACAAGUUAAAUGCGCAAUGUACUUCUUACCAGGAUGACUAUACACGCAUGUAUCUUAAAAAGGACGUGAAAAUGAAGUCCAAAGAAGACUCACAAUGGCAGUAGUAACAUCACAAUCAAAUAACGUGCACCGUAGCCGCAGAAUUAUGUUGAACAGGAAUACUAAGGAAAGCCAGUGGUCAGAUAAUAAUUUCAUAGAGAUCUAUAGGGCGGACGUUUCAGUGAAUCUACAUUAUUUUUUAUGGAGACGAGUAAAUGUGGGGACUGAUCAGAACUUCUUCCAUUACUGCAAGCCGCGUCACCACCGACGACCAAAAAAUGAAAGAAAAAAAAAAGAAAAGCAAAAGGAAAUCCAUACGCAGCUGGUAAAUAGUGUGCCGCUAUCACGCGUCUGUGUCGCGUUGAUUUUUAAGUAUUUUAACGAACCCGCCAAAUUCUGUAAAUAUAUUAAUUUUUUCGUAGUUUUCGAGGAGAAACGCGCGUGUACAGAGUAAGCAUAAAUUAUGAAAAUAUGUUAAUCGUAUAGACACUUGUACAUAAGUUAUGUCGUCCAUUCAACGCCGUGAAUGGAAUGGUCUUUCGAAAGAUCCAUUUUUUUAUUUGACGGCGUAUCGCUGCUUCAUAAAUUUCACACGAGUCUACCAGCAGUUCAGAGUUUCUUUUCCCUGUAUACGGUGAACCAUAACGGUCGUGUAACCGUCGUAUGAUCCGUUUCACUGUGAACCUUAUUUGUAAAGUGCUUUUAUUUUUAUGUACUGCCACGGUAUGGGAGGGGUGGGUUAACGCUGUUAGUAUAUGUUUAAUUUCUACAUAGGUGUCGAUAAUACAUGGCCACCCUGAGUCGUCGUGCGGGGAAAGCUGUUUGUUCUUAUUUCACCUCUGGCAACAAAAUAUUCGAUCUAUCAUUAGAAUCGGAUGUACAACCUCGUGGCAAAAGGUAUUCGAUCAUUUCCUUUAAAACACAAUAACUCUUUUUCAAACUCGUCUAAGUGACCUGAAUAUAUUUUUUAAGUGUCAAAGGGACUAGUUCUUGUAAUUCUGCUGUUACAUAAAAUAACAGCAAAGGAUAAAAAAUACUCGUUGUUUAACUUUAGCUAAAAACUUCAUUGAAAUUGGUUGACGCAUAGUCAAGCUACCAAGUAUACUAAGAACCAAGUAUUUUUCAUGUUUUUGUCUCGUUCCAAGGAAUAGCAAAAUUAACAAGACGUAUUUUAGUCAUUGCACAAUAAACUAGUACCUUUAACAUUUUAAAGAAAUUGAAAUCAUUUAGUGGAGUUUCAAAAAAGUUAUUGCAUUUUAAAAGCUGAAUGAAUAUUUUUUGUCAGAGAUUGUACAUUCGAUGUAAACGUUGUAAAUCUUUCUUUAUUACUUUAUCAAGCUACUUAAAUACCUUCAGAACGAUGCAUAGCGCGUUAUUUUAUAUCUGAAACCAGAAUGGUUUUAUUAACUUUUUAAAUAUCACUAUUUCUUCUGUCGUAUAUAUAUAUAUAUUAUAUAUAUUAUAAUAUUAAUAUUAUAUAAUAUAUAUAUGUAUAGUAUGUGUAAUAUAUAUUAUGAAUGAUCAUACUUGAUCGAAUAUUGUUUAGCAGGAGCGGAGAAAAAUGAAGAAACAGCGAUUCGUGUCCAUAUCUUUCGGUGUUACAUUGGAAAUCUUCACCUACGAAAUUCAAUGUUCGGUUGUAUACGUCCUAAUUCGUGUUCGUAGGACAAAACGGUACACACAAGUAUUGAAACAGAAAUUUUAUUAUUUGGCGGUACCAGUUGCAGUAGAACGACGAAAUGCUGUAAAUGUUCACGCUAUUUAUAAACGAAGUAGGAAAAAAUAAAGUCUGGAGCAUCUGUUUAUCGUAUAUUCGAUUGUACGCUGGAAUAUGUUGACGGUGUUCGAACAGUUCAAGGAUAAACGAGGGAAGUUACCGCAAUCGUUGAAUUUGUAUUUAAAUGAAAAGAAAAAGGCUACAGAAAACUGUAUAGUUUGGUACGGCUGUCUGGUCAGACGAGAACAAUUCGAGUAAUCAAGGAUGCCUGAAAGGACGAAAGAAAGAGAGAGAGAGAGAGAGAGAAUCAGAGAGUGAGAAAGAGAUAGAGAGCGAGAGAGAAAGCGCGCGUGUGAGGAUGCGAAUGAAAGUACUAUUUAGAAAGAGCUACGAUAUUUUUGAAACAGAAAUACUACGAUUAGUGAUGUAUUAUAAUGCCGCAUACCUUCUUUUCCCCCACCCCCACCCACCCACCCAACCCUCUACGGAUACUNAGAGUAUAAUUGAGAAAACGUCUUGUACAAUUCUGCACCGAGAAUUUCCACGAAGACGACGUAAAAUAUAAGUUUUGAAUAUUUUUUACAAUAUCUACAUAUAUUUCUUACCUUUACCUUUGUCUGACUACCAAUACUUGUAGAGGUGCCUCUGAACGAUAUCUCUGUGUGUAAGUUCUGUAAAUACCACCGUUACGAAAUAAUUUAUUUCCAAAAAAAAAAGAAAACAAAAAGAAGAAGAAAGAAACACACUCUCGCAAAACACGACAAAUUUUUUUGUAUUAUUUGUAAGUUUUAAAAGGUAUUAAACAGAAAUUCGAACGUAACAAGUGUUUUAUAUGGAACGACAAGCCGUCAUGGUUUCGGCACAACGCGUUCCUGCCUGCGGUCUCCGUAGCUUCGGGAUAAUAUCGAAGCGGUUCCGAUUCAUUGGUCGGCGAGCAAGAAGGUCGUGGCAGCGCGACGAACCUCCGAUGCCCGCGGAUCUUUCGAUUAGCAGUGCACAGGAUGCGUUUAGUUUUGUCGGCCUAGCAAGGACACCGGCUCCGGCAUAAAUACCGGGGGAUCCCCUCGGCGGCGACCAGUCGAAAAAAAUCGCUCGGGGCCCUAAUCCACAAGGGACAUGUCGCCGCUAAUUCGGACCGUGGCGUUUCUGCCGUUGAUAGCGCGGGUCCUUUGCGACUCCGGCGGCUCGAUCAUUCUCCACGGGGAGAAUCGAUCGGGCUCCUCGUUGAGGGACAUCCUGCAGAAAAAAAUCGACUCGACCCGAGUGAUCCUCGACGACGAGAAAACGAGCAAAGGGGACAGCUACGGCCGCAACAGGGGCCAGCUAGGAUUUAACGAGCGCAAGCAGGACGAGAGGAGAUACGACGAGCAGGAUAGCAAGCAGAAGGGCCACGACAAAGGAAGACACAGCCUAGGCGAGUCCGAAGCCAUCGAUCAGGGGAAGAAUGCUUUUGAACGGCACGGGAGCGGAUAUUACAAAAAAGGACACCACAGGACCGGUUUCACCAACAACUACCAUAAGGACGAGUCCGGCAAUAACUCGAGCUUUUACGAGGACAGCGACGACGAGGGAGGCCAUAGGUCGUCCGGGAACAACGGCGUUUAUUAUGGCCAGAAAUCGCGGGACUCGUUUAGGGACGGGGCCCGUGACGCCUCUUACGCUGAAAGGGACCGGGCCCUGCAAGGACUCUAUGACAAUAAGCAGAACUAUCAGGAUUAUCGCGAUCACACCGGAGGAUACCAGAGGGAUCGAUUUCAAGACGACAGAAGAAACUAUCUGCAAGACGAAGCGGGACGCUACUUCGAUCGAAACGGGAACAAAGUUUACUAUCGCAGAGAGAACUUGUAUCCAGCUGCUCGUCGUUAUAACAAUUAUUUGUCGCCGUUUGGGAAUUCUCAUUACGAUUUCGCAUCCAAGGACUAUUACACGGAUGACCAUUACGACGCACCUUAUUUUGAAGAUUAUCGAUAUGUUCCUCGAACGGAUUAUGAGCACAAAAUAUAUCAGCCGUACAAAGGACCUUAUCGUAGAAGUUUUCUAGACGAUUUUUAUAAUAACCGACGCACGAACAAAUACAGAGAUGGUUUUGAUAAUGCAUAUUAUAGAUUUUAAAAUAUAUUUAUAAAUUGUAGAUACACGUGAAAUAAUUUCAUGGAAUAAAAUUUGCCGUUAUGCUUGUGAC